CAACCACCUAUCUUGGGGAAAUGGUGACGUCCCGGAAUUAAAUUUGUUGCAGAAGUCAACUUGGAGGAAGCAUCCCACUCUAAGGGCAAUGAGUUCGGAUGACUCCAACCCCGCUGCAAGUCCCACCCCAUGCCAAGAUAUUCAAGGGGAUGGACGUUGGAUGUGCAUGCACAACCGCUUUGUGACAGACAGCAAAGGGAAGGAGCCUGAUGUUCUCUUUGUCGGAGACUCCCUCGUACAGCUCUUGCACGAAUUUGAGGUCUGGAGAAAACUGUUUUCCCCACUCCAUGCUUUGAAUUUUGGAAUUGGUGGUGAUGCUACGCAGCACGUACUGUGGAGGCUCGGCAAUGGCGAGCUUGACCACAUCAGCCCAAAGGUUGUGGUAUUAUGGGUAGGGACAAACAAUCAUGGCCUCAGCCCGCAUCAGAUCUGUGGUGGCAUCAUGGCAAUCGUGAAAUUGAUCAACCAGAAGCUCUCCCAUGCUCAUACUCUUGUGCUUGGUUUGCUGCCCCGAGGCAAGAACCCCAACCCGCUGCGGGAGCGAAACGCGGAGGUGAACGAGCUGGUCCAGGGCGAGGUGGCCGCCCUCCCACACGCCUCGUACCUGAACGUGGACCCCGGCUUCGUGCACACCGACGGCACCAUCUGGCACCAGGACCUGUAUGACUACCUGCACCUGACGCCACAGGCCUACCAGAAGGUGUGCGAACCUCUCCACGAUCGCAUCAAGGCCCUGUUGGAUCAGCCAGCCGAGAACCAAGUGUCCUGAGCAGGAACUACGUCACCACCUGCUCACAGGGGCGUAAACGCAAGCUGUAAUAUGACCAUUCGCCUGAAUUGACUGACGUAGCUGACCCCCUUAAACUCUCGUAAUAGCUGUGCCUACUAAAGCCUUCUUAAAGACUAUAAUAUCAUGUUAAGAUAGAAUAAUCCAGGCUGUAUACUGUGUAAAAGUGUCUCAUUCAGUUUUCAGUGCUUAUGUCUCCACUGCAAUAGCUAUUGUAAUCACAUUAGAUUCAGCAUUAGCCUAUUAUCCUUGCAUCUGACAUAUCGGUACCUUGUGGAUAUUAGGCCAGUGAGCCAUGCAAUUCAUAGAUUUGAAUUUGAAUUGGGCGGUUUGUACAGGAGCAAGUAUUUGUUAGGAACCUGUCGUCAUGUAGCUCACCAUAAGUACCCUGUUCCAGUGAGGUAAUGGUCUGCUUAUAAAUCAGGCUGUUAGAUUCGGACUGACUGGACCCUGACUAACUACUACUUAAUCACCAUGACUGACUUCGUAAACCUUCAGUUUCUGAGGACUGUUUAAAAAGAAAUGUUAAAGCGACCCUGUGUCUCGCUGGAAGCUUGCUUUUGACACAGCACCAAUCCUUUAAAGCACAGAUGCUAUUUUGGCAGCCACGCUAUGAUGGUGAUGUUGUGAAUAUGCUUUUGCUCUGCUGGCAUUUGCUAGUUUUGUUUGGACCAAGCUGUUAUGUUUCUGUUACUGUUUUGGUGUCUCUUUUUUUUGUCAGGUGUCAACAUUCAUUUUUCAACUGUAUCGUUGCUGAACUCAAUAUAAUAUACAAAAAUGAA